AUGGCUCCCAUUGUUCAUCUCGUGCGUCACGCACAGGGCUACCACAACUUGAACCAUGAGAACGAGAAGCUACCCGAUCCCGAUCUGACAGAGCUCGGUCUGCAGCAGUGCCGCAACUUGAGAGAUGCAUUCGAGCACCAUGAUAAGAUCACCCAUCUCGUCGCAUCACCUCUCAGACGCACCCUGUACACAUGCCUAUACUCCUUUGAGCCUGUCGUCAAGCGCGGCAAGGUGGUGAUUGCCUUGCCUGAUGCCCAGGAGUUGUCGCUUAAUCCUUGCGACCAUGGCUCAGAUGUUGCCAAGAUCAAGGCCGAGUUUGGCGACAAGGUUGACUUCUCGCAAUGCUGGGAGGGAUGGAAUGACAAGUCUCCUUCGUCUCGCUACUACCCCGAUCCUACCAAGUUGGACGCCCGAGCCAAGGACGCAAGACGCUACCUCAGAGACUUGGCCAAGCAGCACGGCGAUGAUGCCCAGAUUGUCCUCGUGACACACGGCGGUUUUGUGCACUUUCUCACAGGUGACUGGGAGGGCAUUCCCAAGGGUGGAGCAACUGGCUGGGCAAACACCGAGUGCCGUUCCUAUGAGUUCAAGGACCCCAGCGGUGAGGAUCCCGAGGCUAAGCUACAAGAGACAAACUCGAGCUGGCGUCGCCGUCGUGGCAGUGCCGUAGGCCUAACCGAGACGGAGCACCGCCAGCUUCGACAGGUUGUUCAGGACAUGGUGGAGGAAGAGAACCGCGUCGAUCUCGAAGCCCGCGAGAAGGCAGCCAACGGAAAGGCCAACUAA